AUGGAGCUCAUGGCUGACACCACCACCGCUGUAUCACCGCCUGCUCCCCGGCGGGGGAGACGGGAGAAGCCAUGGCCGCCUGGUAAGCAGAAGAAGCUUCUGCGCCUUUAUGUUUGCACCCAAAGCGAGCGCUUGCCCCUCGUGCGCAUCCUUGAGCGCCUCAGAGAUGGUUCGUUCGACCCAAGGCAGCGCAACUCGCACAAACACCUGAAGAACCUGUUGCCGGACCGCAGAAUUGACGACUGGAGGCCGCGGGACCUGGCAACCAUGCUCGUCCGCGUGCGAUUCCUGAGGUCGGUGAGGGCGGAGCGGCGGAUAAGGAACAUGAAAGUCCGCCGGCGACUCGAAUCACGGCCGCAAAAUUGCUUUGCCCACGAAAGGAUAGAAUUAGGGAGCCGCAUGUCGGUCGACCAGCCCCCAGUGCCUAACGAAACUCAACCUGCGUCCUUCGCUCCGAGCCCAACAACCGACAGCCCGUCCACGGUCAAGCAGUCCGAGUCUGCUGGAUCGACGCCUCUGGCCAUCAGCACCGCCUCCGCCUCCGACACAUAUCGCCGGGACAAGUCACCAUCCCGAGCCCCCUCCACGACCCCGUCCACAAAAUCGGCCAAGCGUAGGUCAUGGGCCUCGGUUCUCUCGAGCAUCUCGUCUGGGAUAUCCAGCUUGGCCCGCUCAUCCUCGUCAGCGUCUUCCAAGGGCGUCAACGUGAACGCGUCCGGCGCCAACACGGCCCUUAGCAAGAUGACGCGGGAAGAGUUUCUGGCCAUGCUCCAGGAGAAGCCCCGCAAGGCUGGCAAAGGCAAGGCCGAAACGGCUAUGGGCGGGCUGUUCAAGUCCAAGUUCUCCAGCGUCAAUCCUACCACAGAGGAACUCAACACCGCGCUGGUCCGCAUGUGCUGUGCCGCCCAUGUCAGCCGCGGACAGCCUGGUUGUGUUCACGAACGGUUAUCGCGGGCAAUCGAAGCUCAGCAUCGGGAUGACGACGAUUACAACAACUUCCGUGUGACCGAGGAAGAGGCCAACAUGGUGGACAAGUACGGCAACUCGCUGCUCCACGUGGCCGCGAGAUGGGGCGCCCGCGUCUCCAUCCUGCUCAUGAUUCUCAAACGCACUGAUGACGUCCAGAUCGUCAACCACCGUGGCGAGACCUUCCUCCAUGUCUUCGACCCGCCAGAGAAUCCGCCCAUGAGGCCGGUGUCCUUCCUCAACCUCAUCCGGACUUUGCGGACCCGCCACUUCGACUUCUGCCACCGGGACGUCGACAAGCACACGUUCCUGCAUCACCUCGUUGCCAAGAAGGCGUUCCCCAUCGAGACGCUGUACUAUGUAUUUCGGGAAGUUGGACAUGGGGCCGCCCGGUUCCUGGUGGCGAACAAGUCGGCCAACGGCGAGCGGUUAUGGCACAGCGUCCGGACGAACCUGGAAAAGUCGGCGCCGAAACUCCACCGCAUUUUUGGCGACGAAGUCGAGUUCAUCCGCCGCUACCUCCCCGAGUUCUCCGAGGGCAGAACCCCUUCCACGGCCGACACAUCAACCAUCGGCUCCGACAGCCUUGCCUCCAUCCACCCUUCCGAAGUCCCGACCCUCAAUCUCCCCCUCGACCCCAACGAAAGCAACGCCCACAAGGUCCGGCGUACCCCCGUCAUGAAACUGUUCCGCCGCGCCGCCACAGGCAGGGGCCUGUCGGACGCCGAGCUCACCGCCAAGCUCGAGGGCAUCUUCGAGUCGGCCGCGAAGCAGCAGACCGACUUCGAUAUGAAGGGCUACCUCGGCAAGCGCGACACCGAGGGCAACACGGCAUUGCACUACGCCGCCGAGUUCGGCCUCGUCCCGGCCGUGCAGUUCCUCUGCGCCAAGGGCGCGUCAGUCAACGUGUUCAACAACUGCGGCAAUACCCCCCUGCAGCUCGUCAAGUUCGCCAUCCAGCGCACUGACGUCCGGUCGGACAUCCACAUGGAGGCGCGCUAUCUGAGGUGUGCCGUGCUGCUGCUCGAGCAUGGGGCGUUCGACCAGAGCAAGCUCGUCAGCGAGCGGUCCGUCAUUUUUCCGUAUGAUGUGUUUGACGGCAGCGAGAGGUCCAUCAGUAACCUGGUCAGGCAAGGGGUUGCGAGCCAGUGCCGUGGUCUGCACCUGCUCACGAGGUCGGUGGCCCACCACGGCCCGGGCUAUGUGGAUGGGUUGGAGCAUGAAUACCAUCAUUGCCAGGGGCAACAUGAGGCGCACGAUUAUCGGGCGGGGGGUGGUGGCGGGAGCGGUGGGAUAGGGAUGGGGACCUCGAUGACGUUUCAGACUUCGGCUUUGCUUGCUUGA